AUGGUUAAAAUCAGCAAAGAAAUACUACUCACUUUAUUUGUAACAUUUGCUUCUAUCUCAAUUGUACAUGCAGCAUCUAUAAAUGACACAAAAACUCUGCUUUCGGAUCUGCUUACUGACUACAAUAAGGAAGUGCGACCAAUACAAGACCAGUUUGCUGCAAUAAAUGUAACGAUCAUUGCAUAUAUGAAAAGUAUUCAAGAAUUCGAUGAAGUUCAAGAGAAAUUUUCUUUUGUUGGUGCUUUGGCAGUAACAUGGCUAGAUGCAAUUAUGGUUUGGAAUCCAUACUCUUACGGAGGACUUUGGCAGCUUCCGGUUUCAUAUAAAGACGUUUGGGUUCCAGAACUUAUUCUAUCCAGUCCGUCAAAAGCAGUGAAUACCCUCGGCAAAAGCUGGAAUAAAGUGAGAUACUACGCUAAUGGAUUAGCUGUUUGGGUUCCCGUCGAUCUGAUCGAAAGCACAUGUUCAGUGAAUGUCCGAAACUAUCCAUUUGAUACUCAAGAGUGUGUAACUUCUUUUAACUCAAUGGGAUACGAAGAAAGUGAAGUGCUUCUUAUUCCCGGCCAAUCCGAAUUUGAUUUAAGUAUUUAUCAAGAAAAUUCUCUUUGGGCAAUUGCCAAAACAAAGGUUAAUGUACAAACUGUUGGCGCUUCGUCCCAGAUUGACCUCGUUGUGUCUUUGAAACGGAAGCCGUCAUUUGUCGUUAUAAAUGUUAUUCUUCCAAUUCUUUUUCUAAGCCUACUCAACACUCUGGUAUUUAUACUUGUUCCCGAAUCCGGAGAGAGAGUUUCGUACUGUGUCACUGUUUUGCUAGCUGUUGCCGUGUUUAUGACGAUUGUAAGUGACAUGCUUCCACGAAGCUCGGAACCUGUUCCUCUGAUUUCAUAUAAACUGAUGAUGGAUAUGAUAAUAAGUUCUCUAAUAGUUGUGGUAACAAUACUCAACCUCCGAGUUUAUAAUAAAGAUAAAAGUAGACCAGUACCGACAUGGCUUCGAUCUUUAUACCACAUUUUAACGUGCCGUAAAUGUAAAAAUACAAAAGUUUUCACCUUGAAGAGAGAUGAAAAUUCUUCUAAAAUAAAAGGGAUGACUUUACAUGAAGAUGCGACUCAAGAUAUGGGUAGCAAGUUUCGCCACCUCAAAGACGCAAUUAAAAACGUCGACGACAUAACGUGGAAACAGAUUAGUUUCAUGAUCGACUGGAUCUCUUUUAUUUUGUUCACCACAGCCUCGAUUCUCAGUUUUAUCUGUUUUGUUGCAACUACGUAUAGUAACUAGAUGUUCAUAUGUUUGAGUAUAUCGGCAUAAGCUUUUAAAGUAGGAUACACAUUUGCACGUAGUUAACAAAUGCACGAAAUAAAGUUUAAUUACUGUGUGAUUAUUUCAUAUCCUCCGCAGCCCGGCAAUGUGUAACACACAUUUAAAAGUUCAGUGUUACAAGUUGAACAUUGUAAUGGUUUGGUUGUAUUUUUUCUGUAGUUGAGAAGUUGGUUGGCUGACCGAAAUGAGGGAAGAUGUAUUGGUUGACUGGAAGAAGAGAAGUUGUAUUGGUUGACUGGAAGGAGGAA